AUGAAUGAUCUCCAAAAGAAAUAAGAAAAUAUAUUAAAAAUAUGGGACAUUUUAAAAAAUCAUAACUAUUACUUACUAAAGAGCAAUCUACCCUCAAUAAUCUAAUUUUUUUUGUCUUUACAUAGUAAUAAUAGCCAAAACAAAUUUUAAACAGGGUUGAAAUUAGCAAAAUCCUGUGACUUAUUGAAUGCUAUUAAAAUAUUUGAUGAAAUUCUUAAAAUAGAUGAAAGAUAUACAGAUUGCUAUUAUUAAAAAGGUUUGGCCUUGAUGAAUCUAGAUAAAAAAAACUUAGAUUAUUUGUAAAAAUCUGUUUAUUGUUUUCAAAAAGCUAUUGAAAUUGAUUAAUUUCACUUUGAUGCCUAUAAAAAUUAAGGGAUCUGUCUUUUUUAAUUGGAAUAAUAUGAUUAAGCAUUAAAGUGUUUCGAUUGUGCAAUCAAUUAUGGACUUUAUGACAAAGAGUGUUUGCUUUACAAAGCUAAAGUUUUACAAAUAAAUGAUCGAAAUUUAGAGGCUUGCAAAAUUUUCGACAAAAUAAUAGAGGAGGAUAGUCGAGAUGUAGAGUCUUACUUUUACAAAGGUGUCUUAAUUAUUCUUAUAUAGGUUGAGGUUUAUCCUUAUAUCACUUAAAAGAGUAUUAAUAGGCAUAACAAUAUUUUGAUAAAACUAUUAACCUUGAUCCAAAGGUAAUUUCAAUUUUAAACCUUAGGUGAUUUAUUGCUUGACUUAGAAAAAGAAGAUGAGGCUAGAAAUUACUUUGAUAAGGUAAUUGAAAUAGAUCCUAAGAAUUUAUAUGCAUAUUUAGGAAAAAUCCUGACGUUUAAAAAUUUCUAAAACAAAAUGAAAACACUAAAUGAAGCAAUAGAAGCAGGGAAUAAAUCUAAUAAAUUAUUGCUAAUAAAAGGUAUUAUGAUCUUAGCAUUAGGGGACUUGUUACAGAAUGAAAGAAAUUAUGAUCAAGCUAUUGAAUAAUAUAAUGAGUUGAUAGGUAGUAAACUUUCUACAUAAGAAUCCUGGAUGCUUUAUUAUAAUAAAGGAACGCUUUUGUUUAUAUAAAAUGAAGAGAUUUAAAGAAGCUUAUGA